AUGGCGAUGAUGAUGACUGGCCGUGUGCUGCUGGUUUGUGCCCUCUGCGUGCUGUGGUGCGUUGCCGGCGGUGUUUAUGCGAGGGACGUUGACACCAAUGCACUGGGUGGCUGCAUGGCGUCGGGAGUGUUGGGUGAGAAUGGAUCCCACAUGCCUGACGGAUGUAAUAAAACUGCGAUUACGAUGCCUUUGCGGUCAGUACUGCCCAUUACUGCCGUUGAAGCUUCCGAUGGAGAAGAUGUUUCUCAGCAGACAAAUAAUUCAGGUUCAGAUACAAAUACAGGUUCUGGUGGUGCUGCCGGGGCUUCUGGUGGUGGAGGCGGUGGAGGAAGCGGUUCUGGUGGUGGUGGCAGUGGAAGUUCUACUGAUGAUCAUGCCACCGGCAGCGUUCCUUCUAGUUCUUCUCUUGCUUCUCCUCCCGCUCCUGCUGCUCCUGCUGUUUCUCCUGGUGAUGGUUCUGCUGGUGGUCAUGACACCGGUGGCGUUUCUUCUGGUUCAUCUGUUCCCGCUCCUGGUCCUCCUUCUCCUCCUGCUCCUCCUGAAGGUCCUUCAGAUCCUCCUGCUGCUCCUGUUGUUGACCAUUCAGCCGGCAGCAGUGAUGGUAAGGCGGAGUCCUCAGGCAGUAAUCCAUCUAACACAACAGGGGACUCUUCAACAGGAGAUCAGACGUCUGCAGCAGCAGCGGCUCACAACUCCUCGCCAGCCGAAAUACCGGCAGGGACGACAUCCGGCACUGAACACACACGACAAGAAGAAGAAGAGGAAGAGGAAGAAGAAGAUCAUGAAAAGCAGCAGCAAAGUGAUGAAGCACAAUUCCAACAACAUCAACAGCACGAACACCCCGCGGAAAAUGGCGAAGAAUCCGCGAAAGAUAAAAACGCCAUUCGUACAAAUGCCACCGCAAAUACAGGCGACAGUGACAGCAGCACCGCGGUCUCCCACACCACCUCCCCUCUUUUGCUUCUUCUUGUUGUUGCGUGUGCGGCUGCUGCUGCGGUGGUGGCCGCGUGA